AUGUUGUUUUUCGGCCAACGCUUUGACCAACGUUUGGAGCGAGUCAUCCUACCCGGCAGCUUGCAGGUUUUGGAGUUCGGUGGGAAUUUCAACCAGAGUUUGGUGGAUGUGGAGCUGCCGAGCUCACUGAAAGCAUUGAUUUUUGGAACUUCUUUUAAUCAAAGCUUGGAAGGUGUCGUGCUGCCAGUCGAGCUUGAGGAAUUGCUCUUUGAUGAUUUCUUUGAUCAGAGCUUGGAGGGUGUCAUGCUACCAAGCAGCUUACAAACUCUCUCCUUCGGCAGCAGGUUCAACCAGAGUUUGCAAGGUGUAGAGUUGCCGCAGAAUCUCCGCAGUUUGACCUUGGGCGAUUCCUUCAACCAACCCUUGGCAGACGCGAUGCUCCCCGAGAGCCUUGAAACUUUGAAGACCCUGAAAUUUGGCUUGAACUUCAAUCAGACUUUGAGAGCUGUCACGCUGCCCAGUCGCCUGGAGACCCUGAUCUUGGGCGAGUCCUUUGAGACAUUCGAAGGCCACUUUCCCAGCAGCUUGCGGGAAAUUGCCAUUGGCCAAGUGCUGCUUCGUUCCUACGAACCGCUGUGA